CAAAAUGUCAGCGCCCAUUACUUUUGAUUUUUAGUCAAGUAUAUCUUGGCUUUACCGCAGUAUGGGUUCGCAUUGCGAUCAAACAGUAAAAGUGGAAGUGAUUAGAGGACUUCAAGACAAUUAUUAGGCCAAAUACUUACAAAUGACUUGUCCAGAUGUGAAGGAAAUAAAAAUAUUCCGAAUUUUUGAAAAAAAAUAAAAAUGCGAAAAGUUCAUGUCUUGUUUAUCCUGGCAAUUGUGAGUGUUCUCUACCUACUAAUACAAUUCUUCUUCGCCAAAGAUGUUUCUCAGCAUAAGCGCCAGCUAUAUGAGGUUCCAAACAAGCCUAAAAAGCCCUAUGAUGCAACUGAUAUAAUAUCUGAGUUGGAAUCACAUCCAGCUGACAUAAACACUGCACAUGUUUCUUAUACUGACAUCAAAUUGUUUGUGAAGCUUUCCAAAGACCAUGGACUUCACCUGUUUGUGGUGGACCCUGUCAUACUUGGACAAGUUAUGUCAUCAAAUACGUCACAUGAAGACUGUAAAUAUUUGUGCCAUAGUAAACUUGUGACAUCAUUUGGUGUGUUAUCAACAGGAUGGAAAAGUCAGGGAUUUAGGUUAGAGGACUUCAAAGCUAGCGGGUUUGAUGUAAUAUCUCUAGCAAGUAAUGACCCAAGGAGUAAUGUAAUAGACUCUCUUACUCACAAAGAAAUACCAUCUCACUACAUGUUCUCUCGAAGUAGAACACAUGUUAUACAUGUGGUAGUAUUCCAUGAACGUUCUAAUUCAUAUCUAUGGCAUGCACCAAUCAAGUGGUCUCUAAAUGAAGUCAUGGUUGUUGGGAGGUCAAAGGUCAAACUGAGUGAUCUUACAUUUGGUAUUAAUGCAGGUGCAUAUGACAAGUUUGAGGUUGUGAAGGUUUUCAUGGAUCACCUACAGUUGUAUGCACCAAGAUAUCCUCUAGUCUUUUUACACCAAGUGCCAUAUUCUCGCUUUAUUGAAUGCAACCACUCCAGGGCUGACAGUUUCCAUUCCAAUUAUGGAAUCAGUUCAGAUCCAGAAGCUUUCAAAUUCAAAUCUAAUGCAAGGAAACUAUUAGCUGUUGCCAAGGAGAUUCUUGACCAAUUGGGUAUCAGAUUCUGGCUGAGCAGUGGAACUUGCCUAGGGUGGUACAGGCAGUGUGAUAUAAUCCCAUAUAGCAAGGAUGUGGAUAUUGGGAUCUGGAUUAAAGAUUACAAGUCUAAUAUGAUCUCUGCAUUUGAGAUGAAUGCUCUGCAGUUGAAACACUUAUUCGGAAAGGUAGAGGACAGCUUUGAGUUGUCCUUUCAGCAGGGUGGUCUUAAGCUGGAUGUCUUUUUCUUCUACACAGAAUCUGAUUACAUGUGGAAUGGUGGGACACAGGCCAAGACUGGCAACAAAUAUAAGUACAUUUUUCCAAAGUUUGACCUUUGUUGGACGGAGCUACUUGACUUGAAAGUGAGGGUUCCAUGUCAGACAGAAUCAUACAUACAAGCUAACUAUGGAAAGAAUUGGAUUGUUCCAGUAAAGGAAUGGGACUGGAAGAAAAGUCCUCCAAAUGUUCGGGAAAAUGGACGGUGGUCAACAAAGGAAUGGGACAAAGUGAUUCAGCUAUAUGAGAUUAAUAAAAAUGAGUGAUACGCGUUAUGAUAUAUUUUAAUCAGACUAUUCUGAUUAGAUGAGGGAUCUAUCUAUUUAAAGAGCCUAGGUGAAUCUCUCUCAAAGCUAAAUCAGCUUUUGAAAAGGGCAGGAUGUGACUCAUGUAGUCAUUAGACAUGCUAGUUAGAGGGAAUACAAUAAAAGAGAAUGGUGCCAAACCAGACAAUCAUGUCAAAUUGUUGCAAUAUCCCAAAAUAAUAUGAUGAAGUAAAGUUCCAAUCUCUACACAAUAUAUGUAUUAUAUUAUGUAUGUUGUAUUGUAGUCUUACAUUCAGUGUCGCACAUUAUUGUAGUCUUACAUAC